AUGGCAAUGAAAAGUAAAAAACCUACAAGAAAUUCAAAAAAAACAAUAGAAAUAAAACCCGACCAAAAACGAGAAGGCAAAGCUUUUGGUUGUAGUGAAAUAUUUACCCUAGAUAGCAAGGGAAAAGUUAUUAAAAAAGAAUGGAAAGAACCUUUACUGAAAAUGGGCGAUAUCCCCGUUUAUACUCGCACCAUUUAUCUCAACGAAUUAUUUUUACAUAAGCAAAUGGGCUUGCAACCUAUUUUAACGGAUAUUGAUCCACAAAGUCAAAAGAUAAAUGGCGGUCAUGGCAAAAAGCAUGACGAAUAUACAGAAAAGUUGCGGCAAUUAUUAAAACUUGAAAACUUGCACAAAGAUAUCGGUUUAGAGAGCGUUAUUGAUUUUAAUGAAGAGAUGAAAGAAAGCUAUGCCAAAAUUCUCGAAAAAAGUGAAAAUAAACCAGAAAUAGAUGCUUACCGAGAAGGCCUUUUCAUCGGCACUUUUGAAAAGAUUCUAAACCGAUUAAUAAUUAAUGAAUGA